AUGAGACACCAAAUUGCGAUCACCGCCAUACUUUGUGACUACAAAUCGCUUUUUAGGUCGUUGAAGCCCCCUCCACGCGAGUCCUUCUUCGAGGCUGCUAAGCAGAGCAGAAACCCGUUCUACCUCAAAUAUCUAGAGGAAUUUGUCAGGGAGCGUUCCAUUGGAAGCAGAGAAAUCUCAGAGUUCGGCCCUUACGAUACCACUGUGGAAGCAAGUUUACAGCCUGAUUUGGAGCCCAGAGAUUCUUUUGCUCAUUCUUCUAUCCAAUUUUCUGAUAUGGUUGUUCCUUGGGGACAGCAUCCCAGAGACGAAUGGGGCUCUCCUGGUAUCUAUGGCGGUCAGCCGGCUGACCCGGGAGUUGUGGAGAGAUAUAUGUGGCUGUCAUUUGAAACUGCGCAGAAGAUUGAAGACGAAUCCAGCGGGAUCUACAACGAUAGCGCGGAUACUGGCUACUUGUAUAUUGAAGAUGAUGAUCCGGAUAACGAACUUUGGCUGAAGCUCUCACGUCCUCUAAAGCAUAUGACGUCCUUCGAAAUGGAAGACUGGGAGGAUGAAAGCUAG